AUGCAGAUCAGUAUGGUCAGCUCCACGUCCUCGGCGGAGAUCCUGAGCGACAAGCUGAGCUUCCCCGCCUUCCUGCGCACCAUCCCCAGCGACGUGCACCAGACGCGCGCCCUGGCCCGCCUGGUGGCGCACCACGGCUGGGACUGGGUGGGCGUGGUCUCCGGCGACGACGAGUACGGCCGGGCGGCGCUGCAGAGCUUCCUGGCCAACGCGGCGGAGCAGCGGGUCUGCGUGGCCUUCCACGAGGUGCUGCCCCACUACCUGGGCCACGAGGACGGCCGGCGGCGGGUGAGGGAGGUGGCCGGCCGCAUCCGCCACUCGGAGGCCCAGGUGGUCCUGCUGAUCCUGAAGCCGGAGCUGGUGGAGCAGCUCUUCCGGGAGCUCGUCCCCUUCGGCGUCAACCGGACCUGGAUCGCCAGCGACUCCUGGGCCGUCUACCAGCCCCUGACCCAGCUGGCGGGCAUCAACCAGCUGGGCGACAUCUUCGGCUUCUCCUUCGUCACGGGCCGCAUCCCCGGGUUCGAGGAGUUCCUGCGGCGGCUGCAGCCGCGCCCCGGGGAGGAGAACCGCUUCCUCGAGGAGUACCUCCGGCGGCGGGGGCCGGACGACGACGCCCUGCUGGGGGAGGUGGGCUCGGGCCCGGCCUACAGCACGCAGCUGGCCGUGUGGGCCGUGGCGCACGCCCUGAGGAGCCUGCUGCGCUGCAACGCCACCGCCUGCCCCGGGCCGAGGGACUUCCGCCCCUGGGAGGUGGGUGGGCCGUCCUUCCGCGCGGUCGCACGCCCCAUCAGUCUGGCCUGUUCGGUAGUUUCUAGGGUCCCAGUGUCCCAUUGCUCCCAGCCGUGCCCCCCUGGAACAGCAAAGAAGGUCUCCAACAUCUUCUGCUGCUACAACUGUACCCCCUGUGUGGAAGGGACCUACUCCAACAGCUCAAGCUACGCCAUGCUGGCCGCGCUGGCCGCCAGCUUCGGCAGCGUGGCCCUCUUCAUCGGGAGGCCCGACCCCUACGCCUGCCAGGUGCGCCAGCCCCUCUACGGCCUCAGCUUCACCCUCUGCGUCUCCUGCAUCCUGGUCAAGGCCUUCCGCACCUACCUGGCCUUCCUCUUCGACCUGGGCGUCCAGCAGAGGCUGAAGAAGCUCUACCGGCCGGGCGCCAUCCUCCUCCUCCUCACGGCAGUGCAGGGCGCCAUCUGCGCCUUCUGGCUGAUCUUCGACGGCCCCCGGGUCGAGCACCUGACCGCGGAGCAGAGCAUGACCGUGCUGGUGCAGUGCGUGGAGGGCUCCAACGUGGGCUUCGGCAUCAUGCUGAGCUACAUCGGCCUGCUGGCCUUCGCCUGCUUCAUGCUGGCCUUCAAGAGCCGCAAGAUCCCCCACUGGUACAACGAGACGGGCUACAUCAUCUUCAGCAUGCUGGUCUACCUCUUCGUGUGGGUGUGCUUCGUGCCCGUCUACGUCACCCGCAGCCAGCAGCGCGCCGCCGUGCAGGCCUCCGCCAUCCUGGCCUCCAACUACGGCGUCGUGUGCUGCCACCUGCUGCCCAAGUGCUACUUCGUGCUCUUCAAGAGGGCGCAGAACACCCCCGAGGCCUACCAGAGGAAGGUGCGCGAGUCCAUCGUCAGCCUGGACGCCUCCGCCCUGUCCGGCUCCCUGGCCUGCAGCGCCCGGAGCCUGGACUUCGGCCUGGUCCGGCACGGCCCUCCCGCGCUGCGCUACGGGAGGCGCUACAGCCACUAGACACCCCCGGCUUCCUGCGGAGGGAAGCAGCCGAGGGGGAGUGGGGGGUCUCAGUCCGGGGAGAUCUGUUGAAGCUCCGCUCUGCUCUGGUCAGAUCUCAGCUGGAGGACUGUGUUCAGGGCUGAUCACCACAUCAUCCCACAGAAAAGAUCUUCCAGCCCUAGAAAGUGUCCCGAGCAGGAGGACAAGAUCCCAGGUCUCAGGGGGACUGUCGUGUUCAGACAGGCAGGGGGAGCUACAUCUCUCCAGCCCAGGAGAGAGGA